AGUCGCGCUGUCCAUGCUAACUGUCACUCCUGGCAGGAACAGCGCAAAUACGUAAACAAACACAGCACGGCCGUUUCCAUUCAUGCGCUCGUACAAUCGUACCGAAAAUGUUGUGCAAUCGGUUGCUCAAAGUUGCGAUUGCCCGGCAGAGAAGACGUUUUCUGAAUUUAUUUCCAUGCCGCCGACAUGUCCAUAACUCCGACGGAACAAUAAGCGAAAAGCGGAUACGAAACAUUGGCAUACUGGCGCACAUCGAUGCCGGCAAAACGACGACGACGGAGCGCAUGCUGUACUAUUCCGGCCGCACGGAUAUGCUGGGCGAGGUGAUGCUGGGCAACACGGUCACAGACUUCCUGCAGCAGGAACGUGAACGAGGCAUUACGAUAUGUAGCGCUGCAGUUAGCUUUAACUGGAAGGAGCAUCGUAUCAAUCUGCUCGACACACCCGGUCAUAUCGAUUUUACGAUGGAAGUGGAGCAAUCGCUCGGAGCAGUCGACGGUACCGUGGUCAUCCUGGACGGAUCGGCUGGCGUAGAAGCACAGACCAUUACUGUGUGGAGUCAGGCCGAUCGACAUCAGUUGCCGCGCUUAGUAUUUGUAAAUAAAAUGGACAAAGAGACGGCCGACUUCGACGCGUGUUUGGUGGAUCUAAAGCAAAAGCUGUCCACUGUACCUUUGCCACUACAAAUGCCCAUAAAGCAGAACGGAAAACUGGUGGGUGUAAUCGAUUUGCUUUCGUCGAGCCAAAUAAUCUGGGACGGUCAAAACAAAGGCCGAUCGUACAAAGCGGUUCCGAUAGCCGAUGAAUAUCUGCACGAUACGGUUCAGGAGAAGCUGUACGAAUUGAUCGACUUGCUUUCGGGACUGGACGAUAAUCUUGCGCAAGCUAUCAUCGAGGCGAACAGUUUCGAAAACGUGAAACUAAAUCUAGUCCUAGAUGCGAUACGUAACAGCACAUUGAAACAGCAAAUUGUGCCUGUCCUGCUGGGAUCUUCGUAUAAAAACGUUGGAGUGCAACUGCUGAUGGACAGCGUGUUGAACUUUUUACCUGCUCCAAGCGAACGAAACCAGAUAUAUGACUGUUUUGGGUCCGAUUUUGUUGGAAAGGUGUUCAAAGUCACACACGACAAGCAGCGAGGUCCAAUCUCGAUGAUUCGUGCAUUUCGCGGAACGGUGAAGAAGGGAUCCAAAUUUAUCACUGCCACCGGUGGUUCGGAAACGGUACAACGCAUCUACGAACCGCUGGCAGAUGAGUACCGUGAAAUUGAUGCGUUUGGUGCAGGAAAUAUUGGACUUUGUGCUGGACCGAAAGCAACAGUUACGGGGGAUCUGGUGGUCGCAAAUGCUGCUGCUCUAAAAAAAGCACUAAAGCGGCUCUCAGCGGCCAGCAAUAGUGUGGAGGAAGAGUCGAUAGAUGAUGAGCUUCUGCUGGCAUCAAAGUUGGGUUUGCAAACGACUAUACCGGAUGCAGUUUAUUUUUGCUCCAUAGAACCACCGUCAUCGGGACAACAAACUGCGCUGGACAAUGCGUUGCGCGAAAUCCAACGAGAAGAUCCAAGCCUGCGAAUACGAUACGAUGAAGUGACCGGACAAACUGUGCUCGGCGGCAUGGGACAGCUUCAUAUAGAAAUUGUAAAAUCUCGCAUUUUAACCGAGUACCGGAUCGAUGCCGAUUUGGGGCCGCUUCAAAUUGCCUACAAGGAAACGCUCGAAGAACCUAGCCGAGGACAGUGGACGGCGGAAAAGGAAAUCGCGGGCAGCAAACAAUCCGUGUACAUGGAUAUGACGAUUUAUCCCAAUGAGACCGGUGAGGGUAGUGCAGAGCGCGUUGUGCUGGAUAAUUCUGCCGAAGCGCAAGAAACUCUGAAACUGGUGCGUCCAAGACAAAUGGCAUUUUUCCGCAAAGGAGCGCUCGGUGCCCUACAGCGAGGUCCGAAGCUGGGCGGGCAGCUUGCAAACUGCACUGUUAAGUUGCAUGCGCUCACGAUCGGCCGAGGCACUGCUGAUCCAUUCAUUAUGGCCGCUGCUGCCCAAUGCAUAGGCAAUAUACUGACGAAUGCACGCUGUCGCCUUCUAGAACCGGACAUGUUUCUGGAGAUUGUGACACCGAGUGAGUAUCUGUCAGCGAUCCUUGCCGACUUAAACCGACGAAGGGCACGCAUCGAAGAUGUUGCUCCGCGCGGAUCAGUAAAUAAGGUACUGAAAGUCGUUGCACCCCUGGCGGAAUUGGGGGACUAUUCCACUGUACUGCGAACGAUCAGUUCCGGGACGGCAAGUGUUUCGAUGGAACCGAACGGCCACUCUCCGAUGAAUGAAUCGGACGAAGCGACGGCAAUGCGACGCACGUUGGGAUUGGAAUAGACCAAAUAAAUAUUUAUAAGUAAGCAUUCAA